AUGUAAUAAAAUAAUUAGACUCAUCUUAUUAAAAAGAAUCAUUAUUUGAUAUAGAAAUCGUAUACUUAAAGAAAUAAUUAAGAAUUACGACUUUCUAAAUCUAAUCCUUAAAUUAAUUGUUCUAAUAGAACUUAAACAUUGCUUAAUUUUAAUUCUAAAAAUGAGGAGGAAGAUUUGAGCUUUAUAUUAAAAUCAUCAAAUCAAAACUAACUCUAAGGUAUUUCAAAAUUGUAUUAAAGCAUACAAAUUUCAAAGCAAAAAUCCUUUUUUAGAAAAAUUAGAAAAAAUUUAAGAUUUGGUGUUUUAAAAAAAACUUAAAAAUGUGUGCAAAUAUAAUAAAAAUACUAAGAUACAUAAUGUAGCUUUACCUGUUCCUAAAGGUACAUGUUCUAUUAUGCUGAAUAAAAAUAAAAAUAAAAAUCAAGCCUUCAACAUUUCAACUUUAAAUAAAAAAUUAGAUCCAAAAGUAAAAUAUAAAAUGAAAUGGAAGACAAUAUAAUGGUUAAUUCAAUUUAGAAAAGAUGCAAUCAACUAAAUGUUUAAGAACUAUUAAUAUAUAGUUAAAUUUGCUAAAUAAAAACAUAAAGGUCUAACUAAAUAAGACUUUUAUGAAUUGAUGGUAGCAGUAGGAAUGGGAAGUGAUAUAAAUUUAUUAGAUAAACUAUUUUAUGUUUUUGAUGAAGAUUCAAAUGGAACUGUUGAUUAUAAAGAAUUAAUAAUAGGUUUAGAGAUUUUUAAAGAAGACUCAAUUGAAGAAAAAAUAAAAGGUAAAGUUCUAAAUGUAUCUAGUAUUUUUCGAUAUUUGUGAUGCAGAUGGUAAUGGAAGUAUUACUGAAAAGGAGCUUUAUGAUGUAUUAAAAACAAAUAUUGUGGCUUUUCAUGAUAGAAUUAAAUUGAAAAAAACUAUUCAUUAAAUAUUUAUUGAAUGCGACUAAAAUGGAGAUGGAGUUCUUGACAAAGAGGAAAUAUUAGAAGCAUCAAAGACAAAUGUUACUUUGAGAUAAUUACUAUAAUAAAGCAUUAAUGAUGUAAAAUAGAUUGAUAAAAUGAUUGAAAAUGAUCUUAAAGAACCAUUUAAUGAAUGGGUUCCUGCUUCAGCCAAUUUUAUUAAUUAUAAAGAAGGUAUUUUUUAUCCAUACAAUGAUAAAAUUAUCUAAGCAUUUAAAGAAAUGGAAGAAGUAAAUAUUUUUUCUAUUCAAGAUUAAAACCAGUAAUUCUAAUUUUUCAAUAUUUUGA